AUGAACGCGGUCCCUGAAUCUGGUCCCGUCAAGACCGUGCAGCUCAAGGACAAAGUCAUCGCCAUCACCGGCGCAAACAGAGGCAUCGGUCUCGGGAUAGCAGACUGCUGCCUCUCCAACGGCGCGUCUAAAAUCUACUCCAUCGACAUCGGCGAGACAGGCGAUGACUUCGCUGCCGUUUCGAAAAAGUACCCGGGCCAGAUCUUUGCGAUCCAGGCCGACGUGACGAAAGAAGAGUCAGUGCAAGCGGCAGUUGACAGGAUUUUGGAAGAAGCGGGGGGUUUGCACGGCAUGGUAUGCAAUGCAGGCCGCACAAAGCAUAAGCCGGCACUGGACUUCACGACGGAAGAAAUAGACCAGCUGUGGGGCGUGAAUCUCUACGGAUCAUUCUACACGGCGCGCAGCGCAGCCCGGGCCUUCAUCAAGCAAGGCGUCAAAGGCUCCAUCGUCUUCACUGCAUCCAUGGCCUCGCACCGUCCCAAUAAGCGUGUCCCCUCAGCCCCCUACGGCGCCUCCAAAGCCGGCGUCAAGAACAUGACGCACACGCUCGCUAUAGAAUGGGCGCAGUACGGGAUCCGCGUCAACAGCGUGUCGCCAGGCCUGGUCAAGACGGCCAUGACGUACUGGGUUGAGCAGCAGCCAGACUGGGAGCAGCAGCUCAAGUAUUACGGGGGUAUUCCGCGGCUGGCUGAGGUGGAGGAGCUGGGCGGCGCGUACGUGUACUUGCUCAGUGAUGCGGCGAGUUAUACGACGAGUAUUGAUAUCCCUGUGAAUGGCGUUAUUGGGAUCUGUUAG